AACCCUGUGCGGUGCCGUCUGGCAGCCACAAACCUUCUCCGCGGGGUUGCGCCUGUCCUUCCUCCCACCGCCCCAGCCGCUGUCCUACUCCUCCGCCAGGGUUCGUGCAGCGACUCGCACCCCUCGGCUGGGGUGCGCGCUGUGCACCUGCCUGCCCGAAAACAUGUUGCGGGAGCCCGAGAGCCCGGGUCUCCCUAGCCCUCAGGCCGCGGGGGAGCAGCACGGCGGCCAAGACGGUGAGACCGUGGCCUUGACCGUCUCUCUGGAGUUGGCCCCGAGCCCCCUCCUGCAGGAGAGCACCAAGGAGGGCCUCGGCGCCGUGAGGGAGGGGGCUGCGGAGCCCGCCCCCACCGGCCAAGGCGCGAGGACCUUGGCAGCCAAAGCCCUGAGGCGGCGCAGGGCCUACCGCUGUCUGAAUCGGACGGUGGCUGAGGUGGUGCAGUUUCUGCUGGUGAAGGACAAGAAGAAGAGUCCCGUCACACGCUUUGAGAUGGUGAAGUAUGUUGUCGGAGAUUUGAAGGAUCUGUUCCCGGAGAUCAUCGCAAGGGCCGCAGAGCAUCUGCGGUAUGUCUUUGGUUUCGAGCUGAAACAGCUUGACCGCAAGCACCACACUUACAUCCUCAUCCACAAACUAAAACCUCUUGAGGAGGAGGAGGAGGAUCUGGGAGGAGAUGGCCCCAGAUUGGGUCUCUUAAUGAUGAUCUUGGGGCUUAUCUACAUGAAAGGUAAUAGCGUCAGGGAGGCCCAGGUCUGGGACAUGCUGCGUCGGUUGGGAGUGCUGCUCCUCUUUGGGUACCCGAAAAGGCUUAUUAUGGAAGAAUUUGUGCAGCAGCGAUACCUCAAUUACAGGCGAGUGCCUCACACCAAUCCACUGGAAUAUGAAUUCUCUUGGGGUCCCCGAAGCAGCCUGGAAAUCAGCAAGAUGAAAGUCCUGGGGUUCGUGGCCAGGCUCCAUAAGAAAGAACCCCAGCACUGGGCAGUGCAGUACCGUGAAGCCCUGGCAGAUGAGGCCGAUAGGGCCAGAGCUGAGGCCAGUAUGAGGGCUAGAGUCAGAGCCAGAACCAGUGCAAGGGCCGGUCUCCACCACUAGUGAGGACUAAAGGAAAGCUGGCCAACAAGAGCCCCCUGGGUAUGGAAGCUACUGUCUUCUACUGUCUUGAGUCACAAGUAGUAUAGGUGGGGGAGAGUAGUUAGUUUCUGAAAAAAUUGUGUAACUUUAGUAUUUUUGUUAAAUCAUUUAUAAACGAGAUGGGUCUUUUUUUCUGUAGGAUUUUGAUGUAGAAUUUUACUGUCUUUGUAAAAUGGAUUGAAAAACUUUGCAUUUUAUUCUGUGUUCUUAAAACAGAUUAUGCAGCAUUGUAAUGCUGCAAUUUAAUUGUUUAAAGGACCCUCAGCAGUGUGAUCUGGUACCAAGGGAAAAAAUAGCUGAUUUGUGUCUAGCUUCCAAUACUUUUUGUCUGUUGUAUUUAAAAAAAAAAAAAAAACAAAACUGAUAACCUACCUCUAUUUUCUUGUUCUUUUGGUAUCUGGAAGAAAAGUUAAAUC